GCAGAGCAUGUAUUUCAAACUGACUCAAGUGUGUGGGGGACAGUGAGGUGCUUGCAGACUAGAAUCAAGAUGGCGGCCUCCUUGGCCAGACAGUUUUGGAUGAAAAGAUUGAGAUCUUCUUAACAUACUGGAGACUUAAGAAAGCAACCAAAUGGAUAUGUAUGUAUAGAGAGCAGGCAUCUGUGGGUAGACACAGCAAUCGACACCAUGUCUCAACAGAUUCAAGACCCCAUUGAGCUGUUCCAUUUGCUGCUGUCCAGUGACCUCCAUGUCAUCCAGGAGAUCAAAUUGUUAAUCCAGGAUAGCCUCAACUCCGUUACAGCAAAGGAUCCUGGCUUUCUGAAUACCCUUUUGGACUUCUACAUUCGCACCAACUCCAAUAAUGCACUAGAACUCCUAGCUGGCGUCCGAGAGCCCUUGGACAAGCCAUUGAUGGACAGACUGAACGAUACCAUGAAGGCCGGCCACAAGCUUCAGAGUUUGACCCUCUUAAGUCAUGUCGUCAGGCAUCAGCCGUCAUGGCUACAUAAGAUCGUUCAAGCGCCACUGUUUGCCUCUCUCCUCAACUGUCUCAAGAUGGACACGGACAUCCCUGUCAUCAUGUGCGGGUUGCUAACGGUAACCACCUUACUUCCCAUGAUUCCAAGUCUGGUCGGCCCGUUCCUGCAGCACGUCUUUGUCAUAUACUCCCGCCUGGCUUCCUGGACCAUCAAGAAACCUGGUGGUAUACCAGAUGUAUAUCAGCUGCACAUUCAGGUGGCUGUGUACGCACUGUUCCACCGUCUGUACGGCAUGUACCCGUGGAACUUCCUCCAGUAUCUCAGAUCUCACUAUCAUAACAAGAGCGCUGAAUUUGAAGCAGCAGUCCUGCCGAUGUUGGAACGUGUUCGCAUGCAUCCGUCUUUAAUCACUGGCUCUGCACAAUCAGAAAUGGAGAGAACAAGAUGGCGAAAGAUGGAAGUCCACGAUGUGCUGAUGGAGUGUGCCCGCGUUUCCUUGGAUACAACAGAAUCGGCCAGAGAUGACUCUUGUAGCUACACCCCGGCGGCUGUGGGCUAUGACCCUGAGCGACGGGGGUCAAAGGGCACACUAAUGGGCAUGAUAGGUCAUGCCAUCCGGACCUCCUCACCGAUUGUUGAUUCCCAAGAACCAACUCACAAGCCCCUAAUACAGUGGGAAAGUGAUGCCAAGAAGAGAGAUCCCGAGACGCAAAGCCUGGUCUCGUCUCAAGACGGCGGUAUAUCCAUGUUCAGUCCCUCCGUUGUGUGCGGUCUGAGCACCCCUCCGCAAUCCCACCCACCGUCCCCGCAGGGCAGCCAGUUGGACAUCAGUCUGACCUCCUCGGUCCAUCUUCACUGCACCACCCCUCACCUGGACACGCCCACCCCUCUGUCAACGCCCCGAGAAUCCCCACACACGAGUGCAGCAGCUCGGCUCAGCAGUCGCAUGUCCAGUAUGUCUAGUAUAAGCGACACUAGCAUCCACAGCCGGGGGAGUAAAUCCAAAACCCCACGGGGGAAGCUCCCCCCGAUCGCUACCCAGUCGGCAAUGGCUCUGGGCCGGACGGUCUCGGCACCGGUCACGCCGGGGUACGAGACCAAAUCCCUCCCCACUACGCCUCAGAAACCUCUCAUGCAAGCCAAGGCUGCUUCGCAUGAGAUCACCAAGCAGAGGAGAUUUGUCUGGGAGGAUGCCAGUCUGAGCGACUCGCUCCCCAGCAAUGGAGACCUGUCGUUGUCGGGGAAACAGCUGGCUGAGCAGGAGGUAGUGGAGGCAAGAUCUGAGAGAGCGGAGAGCUCGGUCUCCUUGAAGGACCUUCCUGAAGUCAUCAAGGAUCUGAAUCAUGCACAGGAGAGACCGACAGAUGUUGAGGCAAUAAAUGAAGAGGUUUCAUCGUUCACUGGCAGCCCGUUAACAAUCUGUGAUUUUGAAAACUCCACUGGUUCCGGCAAGAACAUUCCGGUCCAAAGUAAACCUACCGAGAUAACUCCUGAACCGGACGCAGAAAUGGACUCAACACCAGUCUCCAGCUUGUCAGAGCAACCCACAAUCAUCAAUCAAGGUGGAUUGAUUCAUCACGUCAACGGAAACACCCGACCGGAAACUGUCCGAACCCAGAGUGAUCCCAGCGCCACGUAUCGCAACGCCACCAUCAAGGCGCUAGUGGAGAGCGAGUCCCGCCAACGAACCAGCAGCUUUGGCAGCAAGCCAGUCGACAACUUAUCAACCGACCUGUUUGGAGUCAGGAAAUCGCAAGAUGUUACUGUAGAACCAAGCACCACCUAUCAGGGCUUUAUGCCCAUCUUAGACAGCUUUGAAUCGCCGAUUUCAAGACAAGGCGCACAGAGUACCACGUCAGAGACCCUAAGCACCCCUGGGCCACCGUUCAUUCAGCAAGCACCUCUCCAGAUGCCCUACAAGCAUCUCUUCAAUAUGAUCGUACCCACCCUGCAAAAUCUGACUCCUCCUGGUAGCAUGUCCAGGGAUCAUUCUCCCUCGGUGUCUAGCGCCAACACCACAGGAAGCGGGAUGUACGCCACACCUCCCCCGACCUCCAGAGUAGAAUCUGCUUUAUCCAGCGGCACUCCGACGGACGGUAUCGGGACAGUGCCAUUACAUUCCUUGUAUUCACCGAGUCAGCUGCUAGACCGGCACCUCCAGCUUGGGAACCAGACUCAUGAUGAUCGGCUGACGGGUUUGCCCUUGACGAGCCAGGAAUCGGUAGACUGGACCCAUUUUGGAGGUUCUCCUCCAGUGGACGAGAUCAAACUCUUGAAGGGUCAACUGCAGCUGCUACAUAACCAGCUUCUGUAUGAGAGACACAAGAGAGAAGUACAUGCUGAGAGGAAUCGACGACUGCUCGGCAAGACACACAAGGCUAAGGCGCUUGAAGAGUCCAACUCGGCCAUGCAGAAGCAGCAUCAACUCCUGGAGACUGAAGUCAACCAUCUCAAAGCGGCCUUCAAGCUACUACGAGAGGAGAACAAACAGCUCGCUGAGGCUAAUGCCGGCAAAGACCAGACCAACAACGCACUCGUGAAGAAAUUACAGACAGAGAAUGAUCACAUGCGAGAUGCAAAUGAGGAACUACAGAAACUACUGGUCCAUCACAAGCAUGAAGUGGACAAAGUCACCAAGAACCUGCAGGCUGCUAAUGCUCAAUGCUUCACAGUUCAACAAGAGCUAGACAACACCAGGGCUGACAUAGCUACAAACAGACAUCUGAAGGACGAGAUUGCCCGGUUGAACAAAGAGUUGCUCCUGAUGGGAGAGACCAACGUGAAGUACCAGGAGAGAGUUGACGGGAUGCGGCGGGAUGAGAACAGGACAGAGGAGAGGGAGAUGAGCUGGGUCACACUCAAGAAGGACCUGGCAGCAUCUCAAGAGGCACUCAAGGCAAAAAGCGUUCAGCUGGAGGCGGCUCGUGCUCGGAUCGCUGAGAUGGAAGCUGCCUUGACGCUAAAGGAUGUUGCAAUGGCAGAGCAGAAGCGCUUUUUGGAGAACGUGAAAAGUCUCACCAAGGGAAAGAUUGAGGCGAUGGACGGCAAAUACAAUGCACUACAGAAAAUCAACCAGCGACUGGAGGCACACAUCCUGAAGUUGACCAAACACUUGAAGGAGCGAGAGAAGGAAAGUACUCACGGACGAAGACGUCCUCACCCCUCAGCGGGUAGCGUCAUCUCUCGUAGUCAGUCAUUCACGACGUCACAGACAGAGGUCGCUCAUAAGGGAUCAAGAAGCGAGAGUCUGGACUCUGGACAGUUGUUGAGAUCCGACAGAGGGCCCCGUCCACACCAGAAGGUCCCUCGGAGAGCUCUGGACCGAAGCCUGUCACACGACGAAGCUCAGAAGGAGAUAAUGCCGCCUCUCUUUGCGGAGGAGAGCCACCAAGAUUCAGUCAUCAAAACAGAGAGUGACUUUUCUUCGGCUUCCAAAGCUGGUACGGUUUUGAAAGAGACACCUCCAACGACUGCUACCGUGUCUGGGAGUCACUCAAGCCCCCGCUCAAGCCCCAUGAGUGACUGGGAGCAUCUUAGCGGCGAGACGAUGCCAGAGGGCGGUAAACCCCCCAAAGAGCCUGCUGAAGCUAUCCGGGUCCCUGUACCAGUAGAGAGGGCAGGGACAGUAGAUCAGGAUUCACAGAGUCAGCUCAACAUAAACAGCCCGCCGCUAGUAUUCAGCCACACCUCCCCCUUCCAACGAGUCCAGCAGAGCCCUCGCUUGGGCACAAGACACAGCUCCUUGUCACCCUCCAACAAGAUCUCCAUCAACUCCCCCGGGCGAAUCACAGUCAGCUCGGGACCCAGUAGCCGCUCCUGUCCCGUAUCACCGCGCCAGUUUGCUGGUGCCUUUCCGGCGCAAGCAGAGGAGGGGGAGGGGUCAUUGCAAGAAGGGGAGGAGGGGGACGGUAGUAGCUCCACUCCCCCUGCGGCUGUCGUAGAUUGCGUUGAGCCGAGUAUGUUUUAUCAUGGCCUGGCAGCUAUGGUGCACAUGGAGGCAAGCAUUGAAGAGGCUGACCUGACAAAGUUGUAGCUGAUUGUGAUCAAAUCCUAGAUAACUUCAAACGUUCUAUCUUUCGGUUAGUGGUGUGCAUGUAUGGGUAGUACAGGAACCGCGUACCCUAUUGAAGUAAAACACGGGUAACUGGGUACCUGUAAGAGAAAAUUGGAAUCCCGAAAGUUGUCUGAAGGGCUUUGUAGCUCUGCGUUGUAAACUGCAACUUUUGAGAGCGUCAUCUGUCGAGCAUUGAAAUGCACAUAAAUGUGAAAUCUGUUUUGGUUUUUCCAUGUAGCCUGGUUUUCGUUGUGAAAAUUCGCCACAAAUGGCAU